UGUUUCUUAAUUUCCUCGCUUUCUCUCUUUCUCCAGCGCUCUCAAUUAUUAGCACGCGCGUUACAUGCACAUUCAUACACCUCCCUAUAAUUGUUCGCAUACAUACAAUCCUUCUAUCUCAGACUCCUCCGAUAUAUUCUCACUUUCUCAGAAAGAGAGAGAGAGAGAGAGAGAGAGAGAGAGAGAGGUGUGGAAUGGGAGGAGAUGAGAGGAGGAGCAUGGAGGUGGAGAUGGGGGAGAAUGGGAGCAUGACCCAAUUCCGUAGAGACGACGACCUCGACGACGAUGGCCGAACCAAGAGAGCCGGAACGGUGUGGACGGCGAGUGCACAUAUCAUAACAGCGGUGGUAGGUUCGGGUGUUCUGUCGUUGGCAUGGGCCAUGGCUCAGCUCGGAUGGGUUGCUGGCCCAGUGACCCUGGUGCUGUUCUCCGCCAUCACAUUUUACACCUCCAGUCUACUGGCAGAUUGCUAUAGAACGUCCGAUCCGAUCUGUGGGAAGCGAAACUACACUUACAUUGAUGCUGUGAAAUCCAACCUAGGUAGAACUCACUUUUGGCUAUGUGGUCUAUGCCAAUAUGUCAACCUGUUUGGAACCGCCAUUGGAUACACGAUUACCGCUUCGAUAAGUGCUGCGGCAGUGCACAAGUCGAACUGCUUUCAUGAGAAGGGGCACGAAGCCGAUUGCAGUGUCUCAGAUAGCAUGUACAUGGUUGCGUUUGGGAUUGUGCAGAUUUUCCUCUCCCAGCUCCCAAAUUUUCACCAAUUGUGGUGGCUCUCCACCGUAGCUGCAGUCAUGUCCAUAGCCUACUCCACUAUUGCCGUCGGCCUCUCGUUAGCAAGAACAAUAUCAGGUGGUACUGGGAGAACAACCAUAACAGGAACAGAAGUUGGAGUGGAUGUUGAUGCAGCUCAAAAGGUUUGGAUGACUUUCCAAGCACUCGGAGAUAUUGCGUUUGCCUACUCAUACUCCAUGCUUCUUAUAGAAAUCCAGGAUACUUUAAAAUCUCCUCCGGCAGAGAACAAAGUGAUGAAGAAGGCGAGCUUUAUUGGUGUGUCUACUACCACUGCAUUCUAUAUGCUAUGCGGGUGCCUCGGUUAUGCCGCCUUCGGAAACGGGGCUCCGGGGAACAUCCUGACCGGAUUUGGUUUCUACGAGCCCUAUUGGCUUGUCGACCUCGCUAAUGUGUGCAUUGUGGUGCAUUUAGUUGGCGCAUAUCAGGUAUUCUCCCAACCACUAUUUGCUGCCUUUGAGACAUGGAUUGUCAAAAGCUUCCCUACUAAUAAAAUGCUGACCCGCGAGCAUCGUCUGAUAGCUAAUAAACGCUUCGGGUUCAGCGUAAAUUUACUCCGAUUACUUUGGAGAACUGUUUUUGUGGGGGCAACUACCCUUCUCGCGAUCCUGCUGCCGUUCUUCAACGAUGUGCUUGGAUUCCUCGGAGCUGUCGGAUUCUGGCCUCUCACGGUGUAUUUCCCGAUCGAGAUGUACAUACGACAAAAGAAGGUCAAGAAGCUCACAUCCAAGUGGGUUGCCCUGCAAACCUUAAGCUUCGUUUGCUUCCUUGUCUCGCUCGCCGCAGCUUGUGGUUCUAUAGAAGGGGUGAUGGAGUCACUUAAGAGUUAUGUUCCUUUCAAGACUAGGUCCUAAAGAAUGUUAACCUCUGCAAAAGCUCAAAGUUUAGGAAUUGAGCUUUUCAAGGAAGCCAAAAUUGUCCCUUGGUUUCUUUAUCUGUCAAUAGGUUUAGUUGAACUAGGACAAAUGGCAUUUCAACAAACAAUAAGGAACCUGUAAUGUUUCUUCUAAUCAGUUUGAAAUUUUGAAUUCAGUUUCGGUCUGUGGCCUUCUGAUCCAAGUUCAUCCAAGUGAAAUACUUUUUAUGUUCGAGCCAUCAAAAAUAUUUCUCUGAAUCCAAACAAUGCUACAGUUCUCUUUGGGUUGUAAUAUAGUCAGAACAAAACUUGUUACUGAGUAUGCUGAAACUAGUAAGCUUUCAUCUGUUA